AGGAGGGCAGCCUCUCCCCGUCGCGGGGUCUGGAGCCGGAACGUGGAGAAACACGGGGGCCCCCGCGGGAGAGGGAGCGAGCGGAGAAGGGAGGGCCGGGGCCGCGGCGGGAGGAGUCGGAGCCGCCGCCGCCCCCUCCCCGCCCCGCGCCGCGCGGCCCCGGCCCUCCCCCUGCCGGUCCUCCCGCAGUGGACGGCGGCGGCCGCAGCCGGAGCCCGCAGCGCUCGCCCGUGCAGGGGCCCAAGCACUUGGGCCAUCUUCUAAUGCUUUCCCGGGCCAUAGCAGAGAGCUGGAUUGGAAGUAGAGCAGCCGGGACUUGAACUGGUGCCCACAUGGGAUGCCAGCAGUGCAGGUGGAGGCUUAGCCAACUAUGCCGCAGUGCCAGCCCCUUCCAGGCACUGCAUUCUGUGGCUGUGGGUGGAAUGUUCUGUAGUACGUCUGAGAGAACAUUCCCAAUUCCCUGAGAAGACCACAGUCUGACCGCAAAGAUGUGCUCCAUGAACCCAGGCAACUGGGUCACCUUUGACGAUGACCUUGCUUUUCAAUCUUCUCAAAAGCCAAAGAGCUUACCUCUGGAGAGUCAAGGUGUCUGUAGACCCAAUGGGCUUAAGCUGAACCUUUCUGGCCCAAAGGAAUUUCCCAGUGGAGCUUCUUCUACCAGCAGCACCCCGCUUUCCUCUCCCAUCGUAGACUUUUACUUCAGUCCAGGACCUCCAAGUAACUCUCCUCUUUCUACACCUACCAAAGACUUCCCAGGUUUUCCUGGUAUCCCCAAAGCAGGGACUCAUGUACUUUACCCUAUUCCAGAAUCUUCUUCAAACAGCCCACUCACAACAGGUUCCUCGUUAUCGCCUACAAAACCAACCUGUGUAUCCCAUGCUUUCUUACCCAGCGAGCACUCAGAUGCACAUCCAGCUCCCAGAGGAGGCCUAACAAAUGAAACCAGCCCUCACCAGGCCGAAAGCCAGGAGUGCCAAAGUGAUGCUCCCCAGUUUCGGUACUCUCAUGAGGACUGCGCUUUCUCAAGUCCGUUUUGGAAGGAUGAAGGCGGUGCUCCCCAGGUCAGCCUUGACCUCCCCGGAAGCAGAAAGACAUUCUCAUCAAGGGACAAGGAGAUGCCUAUUGACCAAAAAAGCCUCAAUAAGUGUUCACUCAACUACAUCUGCGAGAAGCUUGAACAUCUCCAGUCAGCCGAGAAUCAGGAGUCCCUUGGAGAUUUGUCUGUGCGGUGUCUGAACGCCGAGGACGCCGCCUCUUCCUUCGUCCCCCGUUCCCUCUUCAGGAGCCAGCCCAAAGCUGGGUGGGCGUUCAUGCUGAGGAUCCCCGAGAAGAAGAACGUGAUGUCCUCCCGGCAGUGGGGACCGAUUUAUCUGAAAGUUUUACCUGGAGGGAUUCUGCAGAUGUAUUACGAGAAGGGCUUAGAGAGACCUUUCAGGGAGCUGCAGCUCGAUCCACAGUGCAGGCUCUCUGAACCCAAAGUUGAGAGCUUUAGUGUGGCAGGCAAGAUCCACACGGUGAAGAUCGAACACGUGUCGUACACAGAAAAGAGGAAGUACCACUCUAAGACAGAAGUGGUGCAUGAGCCCGACGUGGAGCAGAUGCUGAAGCUGGGCACCACGGACUACCAGGACUUCCUUGCUUUUCUGACCACUGUGGAGGAAGAGCUCACGAAGCUGCCAGCCCUUCCAAAGCCAAAGAAGAGCUACGAGGAGCAAGAGCUGACCCUGGAAGUUGUGGACAACUUUUGGGGGAAAGUCACGAAAGGAGAAGGGAAACUGGUUGAAAGCACAGUGAUAACACAAAUCGGUUGCCUCUGCUUUGUGAAUGGGAAUGCGGACUGCUUUUUAACCUUGAAUGACCUUGAGCUGCAGAAACGAGAUGAAUCCUAUUUUGAGAAAAACCCCGAAAAGAGGGGAAUUGAUAUUCUUGAAUACCAUUUUCAUAAGUGCGUGAAGGUACAAGAAUUUGAGCAAUCAAGAAUCAUUAGGUUUGUACCUCUGGAUGCCUGCCGGUUUGAGCUGAUGCGUUUCAAGACCUUGUAUAACGGGGACGAUCUUCCAUUUUCUGUGAAGUCUGUCGUGGUUGUCCAGGGGGCAUAUGUGGAACUGCAGGCCUUCAUCAACAUGGCCCCGUUGGCUCAGAGAUCAUCCCCGGCCGGCUCCUUGAUGUCCUGUGACAAUGUGAUGAUUCACUUUCCUGUCCCGUCGCAGUGGAUCAAGGCUCUCUGGACCAUGAACCUCCAAAGGCAGAAGUCCCUGAAAGCCAAGAUGAACCGCCGGGCAUGUCUGGGGAGUUUACAUGAACCUGAAUCUGAACCUGUCAUUCAGGUCACCGUGGGCUCAGCCAAGUUGAACGAGGCAGACACAGAUGGCAACCUGUCGGCUGAGGCCAUGCUUGCUGAGUUAUUGUUUCCUUUUGCACCUAUUUCUACCAGAUGAGUUUAACCUUUUACAUUUCUUUUGCUAUCAUAAGAAAUGCCAUCUUCAGCUGGGAGUUUGUUGUGGAUGUGGCUGGCAGUAAGGGAAGAUGUAUAAACAUCCGUGGGUGAGCUCCUUGACAUCAACCCAUCCGCUGAAAUGCUAACCAGGUUUCUAACAUAGCUCAAUUCCCUGGUGCAUCUGUAGGACCCAUCAUCCCUGAGCAUCCCUGAACCUCCGAUACUCUCAGCCAGAACCACGUCUUUAGGUUUAACCGCCUGUUCCUUGAACUAAAGCUACUUUUUUUUUUUUUUUCAUUUUGACUCAAACUUGGUUCUUUGUAGAGGGCAGGAAUGGGGUUCCAUACUUCCCCCAGCCCCUCUGUCCCUACUGAACCCUCUGUGCUCCUCUCUCAGAGCCAUAAUUCUUCAAACUGAUACAUGAACUACAUGUCCCAAUCCCGGUGGCCACCUCUAGGACCAGUGGAAAUCCCAGGAGUCAGCUUAUCACUCAGGCCCCAGGAGGUCCCGGGAGACGUUCCAGCCCAUUAGACUGUCUCCACUGGUUGUUUUAGAAUUAGGCAGACAUCUUGUAAGCAUUAAAAAUUAACUAAAAAAAUUACAAUUAAAACAUUCUAGAAGUCCAGAGCUUUGAGAAGACAGUCCCAGCAGCACGUGCAUUUUUAGAAUAGUGAGAUAGGAGAAUAUAUUAUGAUAAGGCAGGGCAUGAUAUAAUGUGGCAAAAAGGCAAAAUCUGCAGUUAGCACUGUGCCCUGUUUCUGUUGAGUUUUUUCUGGCAGAACACUGGGCUGAGGAGCUGGACUGGGGGAUGUGAGCCGAUGUGUUCAUUCAUUCAUUGAUUCAGUGAACCCUUUAGUGGGCAUGUGCUGAGUACCUAGUACUGCGUAAGUACCGGGGUUAGAGAUGAAUCAGACCUGAUCCCUGUCUCCAAAGCGCGCACAGCUGCUCUAGCCCUGGAGGGGGAUCUAAGCUCCCCUGCGACUGAGGCGUUCAGAGGAAGCGUUGCUAUUGGAGGUGUCCAUAGAAGUUCCUGCGCCCUGAGUGUGCCUUCGAGUAGCCUGAGAGCUUUCAAAUAGUCGUGAUGUUCAGGCCCCUCCCCAUUCCACCUGGACUGGCAUCGCUGGAGGAGGGCCUCGUGUCCCCAUAGGUUUUAAGAGCUCCCCUGGUGAACCUAAUGUGUAUCCAGGGUGAGGACCAUGCAGACGUCGGAGCAGGAAGAGCAAGGCCCAGCCCGCGGUACACUUGAUGGGCAUCAUGGAUGGCAGCCUGGAGGCCAUGGACCCUGGUGUCACAUCUGCCAACUGAUUGACGAGUGAGCCAUGGGCAGGGUUCAGCGGGUGAGAGACACAGGCCUCUGUGUGGCAGGGAUGACCCCAUGCUGUCUCCUCCCUGAUGCCCACAGCCUCCUUCACUCAAAUCAGUUCCACUCUGUGGCAUUCUCGUGACUCCAGGAACAGCAGGAACAGCAAGGCCAGGUUAGACCUGGGGCAGGGCGAGCUGGGGAUGGUGUGGCAUGGUCACCAUGGAUGGCCUCCAGGGGAGCCUGCUGGUCAACCCCAGUGUGAAAAGCGCAAGGUCAGCCUCUUCCAGGACGUAACCCGCAGAAUCACGCCUCCUGCCUUUUUCAUGGCUUGGCUGGAGAGGCAGUGUAAACACCUCUUAGGUCAUCUUCAUGCAGGGGAAAUCAGUUCUGAGGGCUUGAGGUUCCAGAUGAUUGUUCUGGAAGUUCUUUGUGCUGCAGUUAGGCCAGAGGGCUUAACCGAAUUGACAGCAUUGGCUUUCACUCUGCUAAACAAGAAGAAAGGUAGGCGGUCAGGCGGGUUGGAAUACCUGGGGGGACCCUGUGGCACUAGAGACCUCCCCGGGCCCCAGUGAUAACCUGACUCCCAGAAUUUCCCUUUGGUUCUUUUUUUUUUUUUUUUUGAUAGGCAGAGUGGACAGUGAGAGAGAGAAACAGAGAGAAAGGUCUUCCUUUGCCGUUGGUUCACCCUCCAAUGGCCACCGCGGCCGGUGCACCGCGCUGGUCCAAUGGCAGGAGCCAGGUGCUUUUCCUGGUCUCCCAUGGGGUGCAGGGCCUAAGCACUUGGGCCAUCCUCCACUGCACUCCCUGGCCACAGCAGAGAGCUGGCCUGGAAGAAGGGCAACCAGGACAGAAUCCGGCACCCCGACCAGGACUAGAACCCGGUGUGCCGGCGUCGCUAGGCGGAGGAUUAGCCUAGUGAGCCGCAGGCGCUGGCCUCCCUUUGGUUCUAGAGAUGGCUGUUGGCACUGAGAUAAAAGGCCAGCCGUAGUUUUUUGCAUAGGUUUGCAGUAAGAAUUACGGCUCUGAGAGAGGAGCCCAGAAGGUUCAGCCUGCUGGCUUGUGUGGGUGGGGACAGAGGGGCAAGAGGAGCCCACUGGGAGCCCAUCGCUGCCCUGUGCUUGGAGCAGGAGAAGCUAAGUACUCAGCUAGACCUGGCCAGGGAGCUGCACGUACUUUUCCAACCGAGAACCCACACCAAUGAUCUCUGUAAAUUUUCUAUGUAGAACAACAUAGGAAGCUCCUUGGGAAGAUGAUCCUGUCGAUGAUAGCACUGCGUUUUCCCAGAAUGAAUGGCGCAGUUGGCUGAUUGAGUCAUCAAGAAUUUAUUGAGAGGAGGGCUUGCUCAUUUACACAUUCAUUCCACAGCCGUCUGCUACAUCUCUCGGUGUACGGUCUGUGCUGAUGCGGGGGAGACAGAAACUCAAACAUGAGCCCUGCUCCCCAGCAGCCUAACAGUGCAGUAGGUGAGGCGGCCCCAGCAGAAACUCCCCAGGCACCCAGCGUGCUGUUCCUCCCUGCUCCAGCGUUCACAGCAGGGAUCCCAGACAAGGGGCUGGUGGUGCCCUGGGACUACGGCAGGCAUUGCUGCAGAGCUGGUGGCUGAGCUGGUGACUAGCUGGGCACGGAAGAGGCAGGAGGAUUCCACCAAGGGGAGCAGCCUGAGGGUCUGCGGAGUGGUAGAGAGGAACUAGCGCAUCUUCAGACCCUGUGAGCCGUGCUGGGGAGGGGUUUGGCAUUCCACAGGGCUUGAGGGUGUCUCCGGGAGCAGCUGAGAGACUCCUCUCUCGCUCUGGGAAGGCAGGCAGAGGAGGAGCGCCUGGGCAGUAUCAGGGAGGCUGGCCGAGCAAGGGCAAGGGCAAGAGCAGUGGAGCUGUGAGCAAGGGCGGUGGGGGCGGGGAGUCCAGACGGGGAGCUCCUGGGUGAGGGGGAGAGGACCGCGCUCAGGGCACCUUGCUUUGGCGAAUAGGUGGGUGAUGGUGCCGUAAACUGAGAUGGCCAGAGGCCCACGUCAUUCAUUUGUCUAACCUCUAAGCCAGUUUCUCAGGCUUGGCUGCAUGUUAAAAUCCUUAGAGCUUGAAACAUAAACAAGUUGGGCACCCUGCUCUGAAAAUCUGAAAUCAGAAAUGCCCCCAAAUCUGAAACUCUGAGACCAACCUGACACUGCCAAUGGAAAAUUCUGUGCCAUGGAACUUUAUGUGCAAAAUUAUUUUUAAAUAUUGUAUAAAAUUACUGCCAGGCCAUGUGUACAAGGUAUAUGUGAAAUAUAAAUAUAUUUUAGGUUUACACUUGGGUGCCAUCCCCAAGAUCUCUCAUUGUAUAUAUGCAAAUUCCCCAAAUUAAAAAUACUUGAAAUCUGGCCAGCGCCGCAGCUCACUUGGCUAAUCCUCCGCCUGUGGCACCGGCACCCAGGGUUUUAGUACCAGUUGGGGUGCCGGAUUCUGUCCUGGUUGCCCCUCUUCCAGUCCAGCUCUCUGCUGUGGCCCGGGAAGGCAGUGGAGGAUGGCCCAAGUGCUUGGGCCCUGCACCCGCAUGGGAGACCAAGAGGAAGCACCUGGCUCCUGGCUUUGGAUCAGCGCAGCGUGCCGGCUUUAGCAGCCAUUUGGGGGGUUUAACCAAUGGAAGAAAGACCUUUCUCUCUGUCUCUCUCUCUCUGUCUAACUCUGUCUGUCAAAAAAAAAAAAAAACUUGAAAUCUGAAACACUUUGUUAGUCAAGAUGGGUGGGGUAGGUUCUUCACACAAGAAAGAAUUCAGACAUGAGACAGAGAGCAGUGGUAAGCAAGGUAGUAGGUUUAAUGGGGUAGGGCAUCCCUGAGAAUGGAUGGGACAGAAUCCAAGAGCGAGUGCCCUGUCACUCAGACAUGGUUUAAUGGAGAGAAUACACCUGCCAGACAGUGCUCAGGAGAGAGCUGAGAGCUGAGCACACAGUCUGUAUUCAGACUGGGCUUUUAAGGGAAUGGGCUCUAGUCCACCCCCCCUCCACCCCAGGACUAAGGGUUUGCUGAGUGUGCAUUAGGUGAAAUUCCUCCCAGGGUUUCACUACUCAGUGCUGUCAGAGUGGGGAGCCCAUCUGGGCUGGGCAGAGGAGCCUCCCCUAGAGGGCCUGGGGAAGGGAAGGAUGUAAAGGUUCUAUUGCUCAGUGCAACCCCUUUGGAGAAAAGAUUAUCCUGGAGAGCUUUCCCUGGGGGAAGGCUGAGACCACCUGGAAAGUGAUCAGGGCCCAGGCAGGACUGUGUAGUGUAAAAUACGGGGCUGCUUCCCAAGGGAGCUUCUGCAGGUGCUGCGUUUCCCUUAGGCCCCUCUCGCACCCACAGGCUCAUUUCUGACUUCCUACCUCGCACCUUCUGGAUCAGGGACACUCAACCUGUACCUCCUUUAGGGUCAGACUUGGGGGUGAGGCCCCCGGGAAGGGCUCUCCCAUGCAGCCAGGAUGGAGAGCUGCUGACCUGCUUGUUCUGUGCAGCGGGGUGUGGUCCCCUAGGCAGACUCAUUCCUCCGCUCCUCUGCCCAGCCCAGAUGGGCUCCCCACUCUGACAGCUCUGAGUAGUGAAACUCUGGGAGGAAUUUCACCUAA